GAGAGAGAAAGAGAGAGAUGGAGUGGAAAUCGUGUUACUUGGACAUUGUUUUAGUGCCGCUAAGCUUAGCCAUGAGCUUAGCUUAUCAUUGCUGGCUAUGGCAUAAGGUUCGGACUCAGCCGCUCUCCACCAUCAUCGGAACCAAUGCCUCCGGUCGACGCUUCUGGGUCGCUGCCAUGAUGAAGGACAAUGAGAAAAAGAACAUCUUAGCAGUUCAAACACUACGAAACAGCAUAAUGGGAUCAACCCUAAUGGCCACCACUUGCAUCCUUCUCUCCGCCGGUCUAGCCGCGGUAAUCAGCAGCACUUACAGCGUCAAACGGCCGAUCAAUGACUCCGUCUUCGGAGCUCACGGCGAGCUGAUGGUGGCCCUCAAAUACGUCACCAUCCUAUGCAUCUUCCUCUUCUCCUUCUUUUGCCAUUCCUUAUCAAUCCGGUUCAUUAACCAAGUUAACAUCCUUAUCAACUGCCCACAAGACCCGGCUUCCGUCGUCACACCGGAGUAUAUAUCGGAGUUGCUCGAGAAAGGGUUCGUGUUGAACACCGUCGGGAACCGGCUUUUCUACACCGCGCUUCCGCUGCUGCUUUGGAUCUUCGGGCCCUUGCUUGCUUUCCUGUGCUCUUUCACUGUGAUCCCUGUGCUUUACAAUCUUGAUUUUGUAUUAGGGUUUAAUAAGCAAGGGAAAACUGAACAUCAGAUCAAUACUUGUGGGGAUUGUGAAUCACAGUGAUAUAUAAUUUGCUCUAUUUUUAAAACUCAAUUCAGAAUUAAUAAUGUAUGAUUAGUGGAUCAAACUUUUUAUU